ACGACUUGGACAUGCAGUGGCCACCUCUUCGCUUUUCACUACCACGCUUGUCUUUUGGCCCAUUAACCUUACCAGACUGCUCCAUUUGCUAAGAGAACUUAGUAUUGUUGUGGAUAAAGCUUUGCAUCCGUCCUCGUCGGCAGCCAUCGGCGCUUGUGCUACCAAAUUGAAAAGAACAAUGGCGCACAUGGGAGGAUAUACAAGCUGCUCUUGUUCUUCCUGUUCAUGUCCCCUCGCUCCUCUCAGCUCUCUCACCACUUUCAAUUCCCUCUCUGAGCUGUGACCUUGGCUUGGUGCUCACCCCGAAUGCUGCUAAAGAAAAUGACUACUAGGCUCACGAACCUGCGGACUAGCAAAUCAACGGCGGGACCUUCGUCUCCAUCUCCGUCUUCAUCUAUGAAUUCCUCCUUGCCUUAUUCCUCGCUAGAGCAGCGCUCCUCCAUAUCUACCCAACGAACAUCUCUUACGAACUGGGGUAAAGGACAAAUAGAAGUCCCGGAAAUCCCAAGAAUUCCUGGGGGUAUCCAGCGACCGAAAGGCUCGUAUCGGCUAACGGACUUUCUUAUACUUCGUACUCUGGGCACAGGCAGCUUCGGGCGGGUACAUCUAGUUCGCAGUAAACACAACGCCCGCUUCUAUGCGAUCAAAGUCCUCAGCAAGGAGAAGAUCGUUCGCACGAAGCAGGUCAUGCAUACCCGUAACGAACAGGGAAUGCUCUCACAAGUACAGCAUCCCUUUAUCAUCAACCUUUGGGGGAGCUUCCAAGAUCACACGAAUCUCUACAUGGUGAUGGACUUUGUCCCUGGUGGCGAGCUCUUCACUCUGUUACGAAGAUCGAAUCGAUUUCCGGAUCCAGUAGCGAAGUUUUACGCUGCAGAAGUUGCGCUGGCUCUCAACUAUCUGCACUCCCUUCAUGUCAUCUACCGCGACCUCAAACCCGAGAACAUCCUUCUCAACUUUGACGGUCACAUCAAAAUCGCGGACUUUGGGUUCGCAAAAUACUGCGAGAAUGUCUCGUGGACCCUUUGUGGUACACCAGACUAUCUUGCACCAGAGAUCAUCGCAAACGCGCGGUACAACAACUCCGUUGACUGGUAUGCCCUGGGUGUCCUCAUCUUUGAAAUGCUCUCUGGUCUUCCUCCCUUCCAUGAACCUGACGCGAACCCUGUCACCCUCUACGAAAAGAUAUCUACAGGCCCCACAUGCAUUAAAUGGCCUGCCUUCAACCCGAAUGCGACUGAUCUCAUCUUGAAGUUCAUGGAGAGAGAUCCAAGUAAGCGGUACGGCAACUUGAGAAACGGAGCUGGGGAUGUGUUUGCGCAUCCAUGGUUUAGGGAGGUGGAUUGGGAACGUUUGAAAAAUAGGGAAAUCCAGGCUCCGUAUCUGCCUAAGAUUAAUGGGGAUGGAGACGCGAGCGCGUUUGAGAGAUACCCAGAAGACAAUGCAGCAGAAGCGUAUGGUCUUCCAGCUGAAGAUCCUCAUGGACUUUUGUUCCCCGAUUUCGACUAUACCGCGCCAAGAUGACCGCUUCUUUAUAUGGAUAUCCUCAUACGUAUACCCUUCUUGCGUCUCGGACACAUUUCUUGCGGGUUCUUUGAUUAUUGGGUAUUUGCAUCACCUUGUGUAAAAUAUGAUGUAUGUACAACUUCGAUGGGGAGCAUCACAGUGUUGUAUCGUAUGUUAAUCAAGAAAUCUUCCUAGCCUGGUAAAGGUCUUGAAACCAUUGCAGUAAAUGCUAUACGGCAUCUGCCUUGGUGAUAUGUCGAUAGCACAUAUCAUCAGCGC